UAUUACGAAAAUCGCCUAUUAUUAAACGACACCGUAAUGUGUAUACCGAAUACAUUGCAAUAAACUUCAGCUGAGAGAGUUAGGUCUUGGCUUACUACCAUCAUCCCUCAUCACAACAGAGUCGAUAAAAACUUAGAUAUUUCUCAGGAAAGAAGGUUAUGGCGGAGACGACGGCGGUGGAGGUGGUGACGACGGAGGAGAGUGUUAAGCAGAAAGAAGGAAGUAACCUAUUAGGUUCACCGAAAUUCAAAGAAAUCGGAAACGGUCGAUUGAAAUGCGUAGAGACAGGUCACGAAGUACUCUCCAAAGACAUUCCCUUUUACUCCAACAGUAAAAAAUGUCGUUUGGGUCUCAUCGAUUUCGCUUUGGCGAAUAAUAAAUCUCCGCUUAAUAUGUUUAAUCAAGAUCCUCUUUGCCGUUCGAAGUUGAUAUGUAAGUUGACUGGUCAUAAGGUUAAUAAGUCAGAGGAACAUAUCUGGAAGCAUAUGACUGGGAAAAGAUUUCUCAAUAAAUUAGAGCAACAGGAAGAAGGAAUGGAAAAUGGCGAGAGCUUGCAAGAGCAGCAAAGUGUAGAUUGUGGAACUAAAGCUGAAAUGAAGAAGAAGAACAAGCAAAAGAAUAAGAAGAAAAAGAAGACAAAGAAGAAGAAAGAUAAGAGAGUUGAAGAGAUUAUUUCUGAAGUUAGGAAGUCUUCUAAUGAGGAAACUGACACUGAGGAGGAAGACUUCUGGAUGCCUCCUGCUGGAGAACGUUGGGAUAACGAUGACGGAGGAGAUCGAUGGUGUUCAGAUUCAGGGUCCGAUUCAGAGUCAGAACCGGAAGCUGAAGAAGGCGAUGUAAUUGAUGGUGAUGCUGAUGUGGAUUGCAAGGAGUCAGAAGAGUUAUCCUCAAGCAGAACAAAAAGACUGUCAAUAGAAGUUGGACCCAGCAGCUUUGCUUCUAGAAAGAAGAAAAGCAAGAAGAACGACGAGACUUGAUGUAUGUUGGUUGAAUUAAGACAAGUUUUGCAGAAAAUAGGUGAAUUAAGUUAUGUCAGAUCAAGCUAUAUGCAUUAUGAAACAAAGCGAAUUUGGGUACAAACUGAACUGUAACUUGUAUCAAGAAGCUGUUUUUUUUCUCUUCUUUUUCAGUAGUUUUGUGUGAGAUCAGCAGAAAACAGUUAAAUUUUGUUUCCGAUUAAACAAUUAUUUCAUGAUUCCACCACAAUGGCUGUAAUAUUCCUUUACAUCAGUUUUAUAUGAGUUGCAAAUUUUGUGGAGACUGAAUAAACUUCUAACUCUGGAUGAGUUAAUAGCUUUUGUUCUGUUGUGAUUGGUUCAUACAUUUUGUCGAAAA